CUUGAGGGCCCGGGUCCACAGUUCACAAUUACGGAGUAGUGUCUGUACAAGGGCCAUCCUCUGACCCGUUGGUUCAAAACCCGAGCUACCCCAUGAGCAUGAACCUUUCUGGCGGAGCAGAACGGAACAUCCCUUGCUCCACACGCCAUGGGUUCAGAAAGUCAAUCCUAACCUUCCUUCUCUCAUGCACGGCUCCUCCCUGACUCUUGUUGGAUGGACCCUUGAGAGCCUUUCCUCUGGUCACUUGGCGGCUGCUCCCUCCCAGUGGCGCAUGGCUGCCCACUCCCUGCAUCGCACCAUCUCGUUCAAACUCGCGCCGCUCGAAAACUCAAUUUUCACAUUCUGCCUUUCACCCAGUGGGGCCACUUCAGACUUCGCUCUGAAAUUCUCAUUUGUGUCAAAGGCCUGUCUCCCCAGGAUGACGUGGAACGGGGUUUUGCUGCAUCCUUUUCUCUUUACCCUUGCCGUUCUCGGUCCCCCCCCAAUACGUCUUGCCGCCAAAUGGCGGUCAAGGGUGGGCUUUAUGUAAUUGACGCGAGUUUCUGCAUCCUGACUGCCCUCCGGAAAAUAUGUCCC